GCGCCUGGGAGAGCCGUUUGGGGAGCCCCGGAACCCGCCGUCGCCACCGCGGCGGCGGCCCCGGGCUGGCGGCGUCCGGGCGCCUCUUUCCUCCAGCCCCUGAGACCGCGCUGCUCGCAGCCUCCCCGCCCUGCCUGGGCUUGGAAAACCCAGUGCAUACCCCAAAGAGAGAUUUUUGUAUGUGUGUGUGUUUUUAAAGGGUGGCUAGGAUGAGUGGGCCUUGGAGAUGUGAGACGGGGAGGUAAAAUGCACACUUGCUGCCCCCCAGUAACUUUGGAACAGGACCUUCACAGAAAAAUGCAUAGCUGGAUGCUGCAGACUCUAGCGUUUGCUGUAACAUCUCUCGUCCUUUCGUGCGCAGAAACCAUCGAUUAUUAUGGGGAAAUCUGUGACAAUGCAUGUCCUUGUGAGGAAAAGGAUGGCAUUUUAACUGUGAGCUGUGAAAAUCGGGGGAUCAUCAGUCUUUCUGAAAUUAGCCCUCCCCGUUUCCCAAUCUACCACCUCUUGUUGUCAGGAAACCUUUUGAACCGUCUCUAUCCCAAUGAAUUUGUCAAUUACACUGGGGCUUCAAUUUUGCAUCUGGGUAGCAAUGUUAUCCAGGACAUUGAGACCGGGGCUUUCCACGGGCUGCGGGGUUUGAGGAGACUGCAUCUGAACAAUAAUAAACUGGAACUUCUGCGAGAUGAUACCUUUCUUGGUUUGGAGAACCUGGAGUACCUACAGGUCGAUUAUAAUUACAUUAGCGUCAUUGAACCCAAUGCUUUUGGGAAACUGCAUUUGUUGCAGGUGCUUAUCCUCAAUGACAAUCUUCUGUCCAGUUUACCCAACAAUCUUUUCCGUUUUGUGCCCUUAACGCACUUGGACCUCCGUGGGAACCGGCUGAAACUUCUGCCCUACGUGGGGCUGUUGCAACACAUGGAUAAAGUUGUGGAGCUACAGCUGGAGGAAAACCCUUGGAAUUGUUCUUGUGAGCUGAUCUCUCUAAAGGAUUGGUUGGACAGCAUCUCCUACUCAGCCCUGGUAGGGGAUGUGGUUUGUGAGACCCCCUUCCGCUUACACGGCAGGGACUUGGAUGAGGUAUCCAAGCAGGAACUUUGUCCAAGAAAACUUAUUUCUGACUAUGAGAUGAGGCCGCAGACGCCCUUGAGCACCACGGGGUAUUUACACACCACCCCGGCCUCAGUGAAUUCCGUGGCCACUUCUUCCUCUGCUGUUUACAAACCCCCUCUGAAGCCCCCUAAGGGGACCCGCCAACCCAACAAGCCCAGGGUGCGCCCCACUUCUCGGCAGCCCUCCAAGGACUUGGGCUACAGCAACUAUGGCCCCAGCAUCGCCUACCAGACCAAAUCCCCGGUGCCUUUGGAGUGUCCCACCGCGUGCACUUGCAACCUGCAGAUCUCUGAUCUGGGCCUCAACGUAAACUGCCAGGAGCGAAAGAUCGAGAGCAUCGCUGAACUGCAGCCCAAGCCCUACAAUCCCAAGAAAAUGUAUCUGACAGAGAACUACAUCGCUGUUGUGCGCAGGACAGACUUCCUGGAGGCCACCGGGCUGGACCUCCUGCACCUGGGGAACAACCGAAUCUCGAUGAUCCAGGACCGCGCUUUCGGAGAUCUCACCAACCUGAGGCGCCUCUACCUGAAUGGCAACAGGAUCGAGAGGCUGAGCCCGGAGUUAUUCUACGGCCUGCAGAGCCUGCAGUAUCUCUUCCUCCAGUACAAUCUCAUCCGCGAGAUUCAGUCUGGAACUUUUGACCCGGUCCCAAACCUCCAGCUGCUAUUCUUGAAUAACAACCUCCUGCAGGCCAUGCCCUUAGGCGUCUUCUCCGGCCUGACCCUCCUCAGGCUAAACCUGAGGAGUAACCACUUCACCUCCUUGCCGGUGAGUGGAGUUUUGGACCAGCUGAAGUCACUCAUCCAAAUCGACCUGCAUGACAACCCUUGGGAUUGUACCUGCGACAUUGUGGGCAUGAAGCUGUGGGUGGAGCAGCUCAAAGUGGGCGUCCUAGUAGAUGAGGUGAUCUGUAAGGCGCCCAAGAAAUUCGCUGAGACCGACAUGCGCUCCAUUAAGUCGGAGCUGCUGUGCCCAGACUAUUCAGAUGUAGUGGUGUCCACGCCCACACCCUCCUCCAUCCAGGUCCCCGCAAGGACCAGCGCUGUGACUCCCGCGGUCCGGCUGAACAGCACUGGGGCCCCUGCGGGCUUGGGCGCAGGCGGAGGGGCGUCGUCAGUGCCCUUGUCUGUGUUAAUCCUCAGCCUCCUGCUGGUUUUCAUUAUGUCUGUCUUCGUGGCCGCCGGGCUCUUCGUGCUGGUCAUGAAGCGCAGGAAGAAGAACCAGAGCGACCACACCAGCACCAACAACUCCGACGUGAGCUCCUUCAACAUGCAGUACAGCGUGUAUGGCGGCGGCGGCGGCGCAGGCGGCCACCCACACGCGCACGUGCACCACCGCGGUCCCGCGCUGCCCAAGGUGAAGACGCCCGCGGGCCACGUGUACGAAUACAUCCCCCACCCACUGGGCCACAUGUGCAAAAACCCCAUCUACCGCUCCCGAGAGGGCAACUCCGUAGAGGAUUACAAAGACCUGCACGAGCUCAAGGUCACCUACAGCAGCAACCACCACCUGCAGCAGCAGCCGCCGCCGCCGCCGCCACCGCAGCAGCCACAGCAACAGCCCCCGCCGCAGCUGCAGCUGCAGCCCGGGGAGGAGGAGAGGCGGGAAAGCCACCACUUGCGGAGCCCCGCCUACAGCGUCAGCACCAUCGAGCCCCGGGAGGACCUGCUGUCACCGGUGCAGGACGCCGACCGCUUUUACAGGGGCAUUUUAGAACCAGACAAACACUGUUCCACCACCCCCGCCGGCAAUAGCCUCCCCGAAUAUCCCAAAUUCCCGUGCAGCCCCGCUGCUUACACUUUCUCCCCCAACUAUGACCUGAGACGCCCCCAUCAGUAUUUGCACCCGGGGGCAGGGGACAGCAGGCUGCGGGAACCGGUGCUCUACAGCCCCCCGAGUGCUGUCUUUGUAGAACCCAACCGGAACGAAUAUCUGGAGUUAAAAGCAAAACUAAACGUUGAGCCGGACUACCUCGAAGUGCUGGAAAAACAGACCACAUUUAGCCAGUUCUAAAAGCAAAGAAACUCCCUGGGAGCUUUUGCAUUUAAAACAAGCAAGCGGACACACACGGUGAACACAUUUGAUUGUGUUGUUUCAACGUUUAGGGUGAAGUGCCUUGGCACGGGAUUUCUCAGCUUCGGUGGAAGAUACGAAAAGGGUGUGCAGAUUCCUUUAAAAUUUACACGUGGGAAACAUUUGCGUAAACUGGGCACACCACUUUCUCUUCUUGUGUGUGGGGCAAGUGUAGAGAAGGGCUUUAUGGAGGGCGAUUUGCUGCGCGGGUUACUUGUGAAAGGUCGCAGUCAUUUUUAUAGUGGUUGGAAGUGCUAAGAAUGGUGGAUGAUGGCUGCGCAUAGAUUCUACUCUUUCUUGUUUGCUCCCGCCCCACCCCGCCCCCGCCCCACCUCGCCCCCGCCCCACCUCCCUUUCUCCCCUUUUAAGCCAUGGGUGGGUCUAACUGGCUUUUGUGGAGAAAUUAGCACACCCCAACUUUAAUAGGAAGUUUGUUCUCUUCCCCCCCACCUUCUUCUCUCCUUCCCUCCCCUCCCUUCUCAUUUCUUUUCUUUGUUUUUAAAGGAUGUGUUUGUAUGCAUUCUGGACAUUUGAAUUAAAAAACAAAAGUAUUGUGAUCCUGAAAAGGAUCACCAUAGAUGUGGACAAAUCAUUAAAAUUACAGAGCUAUAUGAUCCAUAAUUGAUUAGUCAAAAUAACUUAUUGAUGAAAUAUACAAAUAUUUUAUUGUAGCACCUAUUUUUAUAUACACAUUUAGCAUUCCUCUUUCCUUCACUAUUUAGCCUAUGAUUUUGCAGAGGUGUUGCACUGUAUUAGGAGCUGCAUUUCCAAAACUGAUGUGGUAUCAGGAAGGCAUUUUCAAUCAUUAAGAAUGUGGAUAAUUUAAUAGCAAAAUCUUUAAAAGCCAAUGCAACCCACCCAGUUGAAUCUGUAUUUUUUUUUUUAAGAAAAAUAAGCUGAUUGUAUCCCAAUGUAUAAAAAAGGGGCAAUUAAUUGGGCCAUUCCAGUGAGAAUUAUGUGCAAGUUUUUGGUUUUAUUUGAAAAGAUUCGAAAGUAUUAUUAGUGAACCCAAAUGACAUGAUUUGACUACUAUUGUAGCCGAUUUUCGAUUGUUUAACCAAACCAGUUGCAUUUGUACAGAUCCACAUGUACUGGCACCUCAGAAGACCAAAUUAUAGACUGUACAAGUCUCUAUACAAUGUCUUUAUCCCUGUGGGCAGCAAGCAAUGAUGAUAAUGACAAACAGGAUCUCUGUAAGAUGGGGCUACUGUUGUUACAGUCUCAUAUGUAUCCCAGCACAUGUAAUUUUUUAAAUAGUUUCUGAAUAAACACUUGAUAACUAUGUCAAA